AUGUCCGCACUGACCGCAGACGACGACCUUCCGAUCGUGAUCGCGGGCGCCGGGCUGCACGGUGCCGCGCUUGCUUACUACCUCACACAGCGCGGCGAGAAGCCUCUGCUGGUCGACAGGCACUCAGUCGCCGCCGCUGCCAGCGGCAAGGGCGGCGGCUUCCUCGCGCGCGAUUGGGGCAGCGGCCCGACCGAGCAGCUGCACACCACCUCCUUUGCGCUGCACCAGGAGCUCGCCGAAUCUCUCGGCAUCACUUCGUACCGCAAGAUCCCCGUCCUGUCGGUGACGCCUGGCGUUCGCUCAAAGAGGACGACCGACAUCUGCCCGUGGCUCGACGGCGAGAUCGCCGACUCGCGCUGGAUGGACCGAGACGGCGGGGCGCAGGUGGCGCCGCACGAGCUCUGCACCAAGCUCGUCGAGGCUGCGCUUUCGGCGGGCGCCUCGCUCCGCAUCGGCGCUGUCGAGGGCAUCGAGAAGAGUGGCGGCGACGCGUCAAUGUCGGUGUCCGCAGUCGUGAUUGACGGCGAGCGGGUGGCGUGCCGCGCGUUUGCUUGCACGAUGGGCCCGUGGGCCGCCCUCGCGCAAGACUGGUUCGACAUCCCCGUCCCGAUGACUGGCAUCAAGUCGACCUCGAUCGUCUUCAAAGACGCGAGUCGCGAGGUGGAGCCCUUCGCUCUCUUCUGCGGAGAAGACAGCCGGUUCGGCACGCACCUCGAGGUGUACCCGCGCAACAGUGGCGAGGUGUACUUGUGCGGCAUUGGCGGGUCGGAGUAUGUCGAUGCCGACGAGCUGCGCGCAGGGAAGUACCCACCGGGCCAGGUGCACGCCGACCCUGCGCGCGUCAAGGCGGCGACGGACUCCUUCUCGACGAUGUCGAGGCGGCUGGGAGGGACGCCAGACACCGUGCAGGCGUGCAUGCGGCCGUGCCCCCCCGACGCGCUGCCGUACAUGGGGCGAGUGCGGGGCUUCACCAACGCCUACAUGUCGGCGGGCCACAACUGCUGGGGCAUUCUGUGGGCGCCCGUCUCGGGCAAGGCGAUGUCAGAGCUCAUCCUCGACGGCGAGGCGUCCUGCGUCGACCUGCGCCCCUUCGACCCGGCGCGUUUCGCUAAGAAGAAGUCGGGCGGUCGGGGCCGGAAGCGCGGGGAGGAGAGCGUGGGCGAGCAGUGGUGAGAGACGAGAGGCAACGCCCCGUCGUACGUCGCAUUCCGCUCUGGCAGUUUGGCUCUCUCUGGCGCUGCCGGCUGCGAGCUGGCUGCGAGCCCGGUGUCCAGUCGUGUGUGUAGGAAACUCGCAGCGACAAUUUUUGCAAUCGACGUAAACCUUUUUCCCGG